UGCCCUCCCUCACUUCUCCUUCCCUGAACUGACUCGGAACCCCAUCAUGUGCUCCAGGAGCUGCGCCAGGUGUCUUGGAGUCACCCUAAUCCCUCUCGCCAUCUGCUGCAUCGUGGCCAACAUCCUGCUCUACUUUCCUGACGGCAAGACCCAGUACGCCCAAGACGACGAACUCACCCAGUAUGUGUGGUACUUCACCGGAAUCGUAGGAGGGGGAAUACUGAUAUUCCUGCCGGCACUUGUGUUCAUGAACAUCGGGGACUGCGGCGGGUGCUGUGGCAAUGAGGGCUGUGGAAAGAGCUGUGCGAUGUUGGGCUCGGUCCUGGCUGCUCUUAUUGGCCUGGCCGGUUCUGGAUACUGCUUUAUUAUCUCAGCACUGGCACUGUCACAGGGGCCUCGCUGUUUGACCGUCCUGGGAUGGGGUUACCCUUUCGCGGAUAGAAAUGGAAAGUACCUUACAGACCGUGACUCCUGGUCCGUGUGCCUGGAGCCGGCCCACGUGGUGGAGUGGAACAUUACCCUCUGGUCCAUCCUGCUGGCCCUCAGCGGCCUAGAGGUCAUCAUCUGCGCAAUCCAGGUCAUCAACGGACUGCUCGGCUGCCUGUGUGGAUCGUGCUGCAAUUCAGAAGAUUACAGCAUGAAUGCCUGAUGUGGCUUGCUCACCAUGCUACACUUCCCACAAUGCACUGCUCCCAGCUCAGCUCCCUCAAGUGGUGAUGGAAGAGUGAGUGUUCAUUAACCCCAUAGAUGGUGAACUGUCAAUCACCAACUUCUCUGGACAAAAAGACUUUCUCCACAGCGAAACAGUGAUUGUAACAGUAACAGUGUACUUGGUUCAGAUCAGAGUCACUGGAGAUAAAUGAUAGCUUCACUCAUUCUGGGGUCCUUGAAGCCUCGCUCUUUGGUUACUGCCUUCGAGUCCUGGUUAAAGCAAUAAUGAUAUUAGGCACCAGCCUGUGUUGUCCAGAAUGUGAAAAUCCAAAGCAUUUCACAUCUGCAAAGGAGAUUAGAGAAUAUUGCUCUGGUAAACUUUCAAGGAUUAGGAGUUUCUUUAAACUAUUUUUUGUUCUGACACAUUUAUUAUUUUAUGUUAUAAGUUGUGUCCUUUUGGACAGGAGGUACUGCUACUGAUGUGACAGACAUCUACACGGCUUAUGUCUGUUUUUAGCUUUAAGGAAAACUUUUAUGAAUUUGAA